AUGCUCCCCCCCACCGUGCAAGAGUCAAUUGGAUCUUUACACUCCACGUCGUUUUUCUCUGCUGUUCCAGACCGCUUGCUGGAGGCAGACGACAACGAUCCUGUGAUUCUCGGCGUGGACGAGGCCGGUCGCGGUCCCGUUGUCGGUCCCAUGGUCUACGGUGUUGCGUACUGCAAGAGGAGCUAUGAGGAGGAUUUCAUCAAGAGGAAUUACGAGUUUGACGACUCGAAGAAGUUGACGGACCCUGUGCGCCGAAGUCUGUUUGAGAAGAUGUACGGCUCCGCGGAGAUCAGCGAGCUCGGGUACGCCACCACUGUGAUCACCGCGACGGAUAUAUCUUCAGGGAUGUCGCGGUUCCCUCCCUCGAAACAGUACAAUCUGAACGAACAAGCUCACAAUGUCACAAUGGAUUUGAUCCAGGGGUGUCUCGACCGCGGUGUCAAGCUGCACCACGUGUACGUGGACACUGUGGGCCCCCCCGUCUCGUACCAGAAGAAACUGGAGGACCGGUUCCCUCAACAGCGGUUCACCGUCACGAAGAAGGCGGACUCGCUUUUCUGCGUGGUCAGCGUCGCCAGUGUCGUUGCGAAAGUCACUAGAGACAUACUUGUCGAGUCUCUAGGGUACGCGGAUAUCGGGUCAGGGUACCCGUCGGACCCGAGAACGAAACAGUGGCUGAGGGAUCACCAGAUGGAUCUCUUCGGCUGGCCAAACCAUGUUGUUCGUUUCUCAUGGCAGACUUGUAGGACACUCCUCGAGGGGAACCCACACGGAGUGCAGAUACAAUGGGAGGAGGAUUUCAUCAGCACGAAGAAGACCAUGCACAAGCAGUGGGAACUCCAGCAGUUGCGCGACAUGGACGACCCGCGCUCGAUUACUCUCGACAACUGGUACAAAAGAGAUUGA